AUGCAGUACGAAGAGCACGACUCAAACGAAGUACGACGACUUCCAGUGACCUAUUUGACAGCUGCGGUUGAGUUCCCCUUAUCUCCGAUAUCGUGUUCUGUUCUGGUAGGUAAUGAUGAUGAUAAACCUGUGCUUAAUGACGGUUUUUUUCAUAAUCAGUAA